AUUUACUUGGCUAGCUUGCCAUCGACUUAAAAAAAUUAUUUUUCAAAUAUUUUAUAUUUUUACAGAGUUUUUCAUCUGGUAAAUAUGAAAAACAACCAUUUAUGGGUGCACUAUGUCAUCCAGAGAAGAUUACAUCAAAGAGCACUUUAGAUCUGCCAUUAGAUAUUCCAGAGUUAAAAGAAAAAUAUUUUAAUGAAACUGAAAUAUUGAAAAAUGUAUCCUUGCCAACAGUGAAAAAACAAGAGAAAUUAAAUAUAUUAUCAGAAGAUGAAGGAUUUAAUGAAACAGAUUCACCCUUAAGUUUUCACUCUGGAUUAUCUUGUUACAAUGAUAUCUGGGAGAUUGCUCUUAAGUCGGAUCAGAGAGAUUAUUUCUCUUGGGAAACUGUUGGAUGUUCAAAUAUUAUGAAAGAAAAAGCAUUUAUUACUGAAGCAGGACCAAGGGCAACUGAAAUGAUUCACCAAGUUCAUCUUUAUGAAUUAUAUCUAAUGGAUCCUACUUUUUCAGUUGUUCCCACUAUCACAGUGACACACAAAUCUUUAAUCAGAGAUGUUUUUUACUUGUUAAUUGGGGUUCCAUCAAAAACAUUUCUUUACAUGAAGGAACAAAUGAUGUUUACUGUUAAAGCUGGGAUCCAUUUAGCUGGUUUGACUCCAGGUUGUACUGCUAAACUUUUAGAAAGAUUUGUUGAUAGUGGUACCGAGUACUGUCGAUUAGAAAAAUUUGCAACUGAAAUUAGUUCAAAUGUAUGCUACAAUAAAGGUUUAGUAAUGCAGGCUUUUAAAGGAGGAUUACAACAAUAUCUUCAUUAUUAUCAAGCUAUGGUACUUUAUUUAUCACAAUAUGACUUUACUGUAUUACAAUUAGAUCAAACUUUUGGAAAACUCUUCAGACAGUUAAGCUAUAUUGCAAAACUGUGCAAAUGUUCAAGCUCAUCUAAUGUUAAUUCACAAAUCUUUUUUCCUCAGGUUAGUUAAAAAAUUUUAAUUUUAAGAUAUUUAUUUUGGUUCAUAAAAUGUAUUUUUAAUAAGAUUUUACAAGUAGAAUGCACUUGAUGUAUAUUUAUUUGUUCGAACACAUGAAUGUAAAACACAUUACUGUUAGCAGGUGUGAAAACGUGAAAAACAUGUGAGAUCAGCCGGGGGUACAAUCUAUCUAUUAGGAUGUUGGUACCACUUAUUCGGCGCAGAUUAAGUGAAAUCUGUUCUCUUAGUUUUGGAUCUUUUGAUCUGAUCCUAUGUCAAGAUUUUGACCAGGAGGGCUUUUGUAAUCGAUCCAAAUCGCGAGAUUCAGAUCUACGUCAGGAUUGACACCAGUUUAUCUACUUCUCGUUACGCGGAUAAACACGUGUGUGAUUAUGCCGUAGAUUAAGUGAAAUCUGUUCUCUUAGUUUUGGAUCUUUUGAUCUGAUCCUAUGUCAAGAUUUUGACCAGGAGGGCUUUUGUAAUCGAUCCAAAUCGCGAGAUUCAGAUCUACGUCAGGAUUGACACCAGUUUAUCUACUUCUCGUUACGCGGAUAAACACGUGUGUGAUUAUGCCGUAGAUUUGAUUCAGAGAGUCAACACGAGACAUUUCUUUAACAAAAAUAAAGAAAAUUUAAUAACUAAAAAUAAACUUGAUUAUACAAAAGAAAAAUAAUGGUUAGAUAUUCAGAGAUAAACGAAGGUCUACAGCAAAUAAAUCCAAUUAGACGUGCCGAGAGAGUAACGGCCUCACUUAACUUAUACAAUGUUGAGAGAGAGAGCUCAGCAUUCAUUAAUAAACAUACAACCUGUCUUAGUUGACUUUAUCUUCCUUUCGUCGAAUAUACUUCAUUUCUAAGUUCUCAACUUCUAUCAAAGGGGAGGGCUUGAUAGGCGCAAUGUUAAAAUUUAUCUUCUAUGUUUCUAACUCCAUAUUAACUCGAUAGGAUACGACUAUGGGCGUUGGUCUUCUGGAGCUUGUAUGGAUUUCGUCUUCCUCAUCUGGGAUCUAUUGACGAACUCCUUGAAUUCUGCUAAAUUUCGACUAUAUCUCUUAAUCAGCGACCAAUCAACAUACUGUUCUUAUUUCAGCGACAAAUCAACAUUUAUUACCCUUUUCAUCCGUUCACCCACGUGAACGGAUGAAAAGGGGAAUAAAUGAGGGGUCGUCAGUUCUCAUGGUGGUGAGAUUUUGUAACAGAUAAGGGAAAAACAAAGGAUGCUUCUUCUACCGUCAAAGGAAGUGGCUCUGUUAGCUGCUUUCCCACGGUAGAAAACCAUUAUUUUCUCACCAAAACGAAAGAAUAUUUUUCUACAAAAUUUAAGCUUUAAUUUUAAAUUAUCAUUUAGACCCAGGGCUAUUCGGAUUUCACAAACAUGAGAUUAAUGAAAACAGAUAUUUAGCUAAAUUGGAUAUUGAAAUGUAGACUCUAUAUAGUGUUAUAUUAUGAUACUUAUUAUUCAUAAUUCUAUAUUAUAAAAUACUAUUUUCAUUUCAUGCAUUUUUACCAUUGUACUACAGAUCAUAUAUGUUGGUUAUUGCUUGAUUCUAUAGAUUGUACAGUAUUUUACAG